AUGACAUUCACCUACAUCAUCCACGAGAACAAAAACAAUGACCAGAACCAGACACAAAGAAAACCUCUGCUGGUCAUACAAUGUCCCGGCUGGGGCAUCGGCGCGCGCUACCUCCGGGAAGGCCUCUCGCCGCUACUCGAAGAGCACUACACACUCCUCUACUUCAUUCCCCGAGGCACGGCCGGCUCGUCGCGUCCUCCGGGGGGCGAGUCCGACAUGGGCACAUGGGCCAUGGCCGACGAUCUGGAGCUGCUGCGGCGGCAUCUGAAGAUUGCAAAAUUCCCUGCCCUCCUGGGCCACUCCAACGGCGGGGCCAUAGCGCUCGCUUACGCGGAGAAGUUCCCCGAUAGUGUCGACAGGCUCGUCCUGCUGUGCCAUCGUCUUGUCGGCCUUACGCCGGAUACGUCGCUGAUGCAGCGCAGCAAGGACGAUGCGCGGUACCGCGCUGCGUUCGUCAAGAAGCAGGCGAAGUCAAAGUCGCAGGCGAAAACGACAGCAGAAACAGAAUCGGACGAGCAAGCAACGCAGUACUGGAAAGACAUCCUGCCGUUAUACUUCUUCGAUCCGGACAGCGGCGUGCCCCAACUCCUUCGCGCCAUGGGCAAAGACCUCGUCUCCGCAUGGUGCCAGCACGCCCAGGGCACCUGUGACGCAGAGCAGCUGUAUCGUCCCACAAGGCCCAUGGUCCAGAAGCUCAAGGACGUCCGGGCCAAGACGCUCAUCAUCGCCGGGAAGUACGACAUGAUCUGCGCCGUUGACAAUGGUCAGCAGACGCAGCGCGGUAUUCCGCAUGGGGCGGAGCUGAAGGUCUACGAUCGCUGUGGGCAUUUUCCCUGGAUUGAGCGGCCGGAGAAGACGGAGGAGGAUAUUGUGGGUUUCUUGUCGAGUUGA